UAAGAUUCAAAAGAUAUUUCCAGACGUAUUUCAAAGUUCCUCCAAAUCUGGCGGUCCCCACAACUCCAGUCUCCUCCUGACCCAAGUCCAGGUCCCAAAGGGUCCAGUGUGCUUUGAAGAGGUAGCUGUUCCUUUCACAGAGGAGGACUGGGCUUUGCUGGAUCCUGACCAGAGAGCUCUGCAGAAGGAAUUCAAGGAGGAGAAUCGUGGGAUCGUGGCCUCUCUGGACCCUGCAGCUUCUUUUGGCUCCUUGACUCCUCAGGAAGGAUGAAAGACACAGAUCCUGCAAACCUAGUGAGGAUGGAAGGGGGAAGAUGGACGGUUGACCUGGUCAGGUUGUCUCCUGCAUCGCUCCCCACAACUUCUGAGCGUUCCCUCCCAGGGACCUCCGAGAAAUCUGAUGGUGAUGAAUUGGAAGGGAAGAACAAGGGGGAGCACAACAGAAUCCACAUAGUGGAGAAGUCAUAUAAAUAUUCAGAGUGUGGAGAGAACAUCCGUCAGAGCUCCCAGUCCACCUCCUGUCAAAGAAAGAGCUUCGUUCAGAGGGAUGGCCUUACUUCACAUGAAAGAGCACAGAGUAAGGAGAAACCCUAUCAGUGCUUAGAAUGUAGGAAGAGCUUUAAUCAAAGCGCACAUCUCACUUCCCAUCAAAGAAUUCAUACCGGGGAGAAACCCUAUCAGUGCUUGGAAUGUGGGAAGAGCUUUUGUCAGAAAGGUGAUCUUGCUUUGCAUAGAAGAAUUCAUACAGGGGAGAAACCCUAUCAGUGCUUGGAAUGUGGAAAGAGCUUUAGUCGAAGUGCACAUCUCACUUCCCAUCGAAGAAUCCAUACAGGAGAGAAACCCUAUCAGUGCUUUGAAUGUGGAAAGUACUUCCGGGAGCGGACGCAGCUCACUUUGCAUCAAAGAAUUCAUACAGGGGAGAAACCCUAUCACUGCUUGGAAUGUGGAAAGAGCUUUCGUCUGAGUGGUGAACUCACUUCCCAUCGCAGAAUUCAUACAGGAGAGAAACCCUAUCACUGCUUGGAAUGUGGAAAGAGCUUUCGUCUGAGUUGUGAACUCACUUCCCAUCAAAGAACUCAUACAGGAGAGAAACCCUAUCAGUGCUUGCAGUGUGGGAAGAGCUUCAGUCAGAGCCACAGUCUCACUUCCCAUCAAAGAAUACAUACAGGAGAGAAACCCUAUCAGUGCUUCGAAUGUGGAAAGAACUUCCGGGACCGGACGCAGCUCACUUUGCAUCAAAGAAUUCAUACCGGGAAGAAACCCUAUCACUGCUUGGAAUGUGGAAAGAGGUACACUAAGAACUCCCAUCUCACUUCCCAUCGCAGAAUUCAUACAGGGGAGAAACCCUAUCAGUGCUUAGAAUGUAGGAAGAGCUUUAAUCAAAGCGCACAUCUCACUUCCCAUCAAAGAAUUCAUACCGGGGAGAAACCCUAUCAGUGCUUGGAAUGUGGGAAGAGCUUUCGUCAGAAAGGUGGUCUUGCUUUGCAUAGAAGAAUGCAUACAGGGGAGAAACCCUAUCAGUGCUUGGAAUGUGGAAAGAGCUUUAGUCAAAGUACACAACUCACUUCCCAUCGAAGAAUCCAUACAGGAGAGAAAUCCUACCAGUGCUUGCAGUGUGGGAAGAGCUUCAGUCAGAGGCAAAGUCUCACUUCCCAUCAAAGAAUCCAUACAGGAGAGAAACCCUAUCAGUGCUUCGAAUGUGGAAAGUACUUCCGGGAGCGGACGCAGCUCACUUUGCAUCAAAAAACUCAUACAGGGGAGAAACCCUAUCAGUGCUUGGAAUGUGGAAAGAGCUUUCGUCUGAGUGGUGAACUCACUUCCCAUCGCAGAAUUCAUACAGGAGAGAAACCCUAUCACUGCUUGGAAUGUGGAAAGAGCUUUCGUCUGAGUGGUGAACUCACUUCCCAUCAAAGAAUUCAUACAGGAGAGAAACCCUAUCAGUGCUUGCAGUGUGGGAAGAGCUUCAGUCAGAGCCACAGUCUCACUUCCCAUCAAAGAAUACAUACAGGAGAGAAACCCUAUCAGUGCUUCGAAUGUGGAAAGAACUUCCGGGCGCGGGCGCAGCUCACUUUGCAUCAAAAAACUCAUACAGGGGAGAAACCCUAUCACUGCUUGGAAUGUGGAAAGAGGUUCACUAAUAGCUCUCAUCUCACUUCCCAUCGCAGAAUUCAUACAGGGGAGAGACCCUAUCAGUGCUUGGAAUGUGGAAAGAGCUUCAGUAAGAUGGUGAACUUCACUUCCCAUCGCAAAAUUCAUACAGGGGAGAAACCCAAUCAGUGCUUGGAAUGUGGAAAGAGCUUCACUGAUAGCUCCAAUCUCACUUGCCAUCGCAGAAUUCAUACAGGGGAGAAACCCUAUCAGUGCUUGGAAUGUGGAAAGAGCUUCACUAAUAGCUCCGAUCUCACUUGCCAUCACAGAAUUCAUACAGGGGAGAAACCCUAUCAGUGCUUGAAAUGUGGAAAGACCUUCAGAAGGAGCUCCGAUCUCACUUGCCAUCAAAGAAUUCAUACAGUGGGGAAACCAAAAAAGAGAAAUAAAAGAAAAAAUAUUAAACAACCCUUACAAAAUACAAUUGUAUAGAAAAGAGAAAGGGGGGGAUAUAAACUAAAAAUACUGUUUAUGACAUUUGUAUGAUAUAUAUCAUAUCAUUCGUCAGCACAUAGAUAGGCAGGCUCCCCCACUUCUCCCCUGCGUGACCCCCUCUUCUCGCCGUAUCCCACCCAGAGAGAUCCUUCCCUGCGUUCCUUGCACGUCCCUCGGACCUCCAACUGUCCUCUUCCUAUGUGUGUCCUCCUAAAUUCAAAAUAAAGGAAUCUUAAUAUAAAAUAUUAAAAAUACUAAAAAAUAGAUGAUGAUGAUCAUUUAUUGAUACCCUUCCCACCUGGCUGGGUUUCCCCAGUCACUCUGGGCAGCUUCCAACAAAAUAUUAAAAUACAGUAAUCCAUCAAAUAUUAAAAGCUUCCCUAAACAAGGCUGCCUUCAGAUGUC